AAACUGGUUACGCAUGAGGACUACCAAGCAUCUAUAAAAGGGACGUUCCUUGGCCUAUGAAGCUCAGCAUUCUCUAAGCUACAUUUCAAUCGAGAAUGACCAGAAUAUUGUUCUUCACGUCUUUGCUAUUGGCCCACAUCUUUAUCGUUGCCCAAGCGAGCCAAGGGCAACCGCAACAUUCUUCUUUAGCCGUUGCAUCCACCAGAGUCCAAUACCAUGGAGGCCCUCUCUUGACCACGCCAAAUGGCAUUAACAUUUACCUCAUAUGGUAUGGAGGAUUCUCUCAGGAAGACAGAAACUCUAUAACUGAUUUCUUCGCUUCCUUCGCGGGCUCUGGUCUUCGCCAAGGACCAUCUGUUUCUACAUGGUGGAGAACAAUCAGUACAUACAAGGACAAAGCUGGGAAACCAGGUUCCAGUACCGUUAGACUUGUCAAACAAGUUGGAGAUGUAUAUUCUUUAGGGAAGACUCUGAAGCGCGCCCAAAUAGCCAACUUUGUGAAAAGCAAGAUAGACAACAAAAUCUUUCCAUUAGACUCUACUGGAAUAUACUUAGUUUUGACUGCUAAAGAUGUUACAGUAGACCGUUUCUGCAUGGGAUCGUGCGGUUUCCAUGAGAGCAUAAUGGUAGGGGCAAUGGCUAGAGUGGUAUAUGCACACGUCGGAGACCCUUCGGUCCAAUGCCCUGGUCUUUGUGCAUGGCCUUAUGCUCUACCUGCUUAUGGCCCUCCAGGCCAAGCCUUGGUGGCACCCAACGGUGUUGGAGCCGAUGGCAUGAUCAUCAACAUUGCCACCCUUCUUGCAGGGGCUGCCAGUAACCCAUUCAAGACUGGUUACUUUCAAGGAGACGCCUUGGCACCGUUGGAGGCUGUCACGGCCUGUCCUGGAAUAUUUGGCGCUGGAGCUUAUCCCGGGUAUCCUGGAACUUUGUUGGUCGAUAAAAUGAGCAAAGCUAGUUAUAAUGCCUAUGGUGCUAAUGGUAGAAAAUUUCUUCUCCCAGCCAUGUGGGACCUGAUUAGCUUGAACUGCAAAAUUACUACUUGAGUUGUUUUCGCAUAAAGGUAUUUUAUAUAUGUUAAAACUACGCCAGAUUUACGGAAGAAUUGUUAAAAAUAGGCUUGAAGCCGUCUAAAACCCUGUAUUGAUUAUUAAAUUAAACUAGUUGAUCAUUCUGUAUCA